ACAAAAACCUUCCGGCGCCGCCGCCUGAUCGCUCCAGCGCCCUCGCCGUCGGCAGCUCGGCCGCCGUACUCCCGCUACCGAGCUAGGAGGCAUCACCUUCGCCGGUCCAACAUGGGUAAGACACGUGGUAUGGGAGCUGGGCGCAAGCUCAAGACCCACAGAAGGAACCAGAGGUGGGCUGACAAAGCCUACAAGAAGAGCCAUCUCGGCAACGAGUGGAAGAAACCCUUUGCUGGGUCAUCUCACGCAAAGGGAAUCGUCCUUGAGAAGAUCGGCAUUGAGGCUAAGCAGCCUAACUCUGCUAUCCGUAAGUGCGCUCGUGUCCAGCUGGUGAAGAACGGGAAGAAGAUUGCUGCCUUUGUGCCAAACGAUGGUUGCUUGAACUACAUCGAGGAGAACGAUGAGGUGCUGAUUGCUGGAUUCGGUCGUAAGGGCCAUGCUGUGGGAGAUAUUCCCGGCGUCCGUUUCAAGGUCGUGAAGGUCUCUGGCGUUUCCCUCCUCGCCCUCUUCAAGGAGAAGAAAGAGAAGCCGAGAUCUUAAAACGCUGCAAGGGUUUUGGAGAUUUAGGCCUGGUGGCGCACCGCGCACCUGUAGCGCUCACACAAGCCAUAGCAGACCUCAUGUUGAGAUGAACCAGCAGGUGUUUUUGCCAUAGUUUUGUUGAGACAUCUGAAUUCGAGCUUUAUAUCUGAAAUUGCUAGUCGGUGUGUGAUUUGUGAUGAACCAAGCAGCGCCGGUGCUACGACUGAUGGGAACCUGCUUACCUGC